GUUCGGUGUCGCGCCACCCAGUGGUCAGAGCUGGUCAUUACAGCCUGUGAUGUAUUUAAAGCAGGAGGCUCCGAAGCGCCCGGACAUUUCAUUCCCUAAACUGCACACGCAGUGCCGAUCCAUUUAAUGCGCAGGAUUUAAUCAUAAAGAAGAUUAAUAUUAAAUAGAGCAGUUCACAGGGUGUAAGCAGGAGUAUUGUUGCGCAAUGGCUUUAAUGACUCUCAUGUUCCAGCUGUGUUUUAAGACCUACUUUAUUCUAGUUUUGAGGAGUUUGGUAGUCGGAGCUACCCCCGAGCAGGGAAGUCUGUACAUGUGGAUUGAUGCCAGGCAAGCAAGGAUAUUAUUAGGUUUCGAGGAGGAUAUUUUAAUUGUGUCCGAGGGGAAGAUGGCCCCGUUCACGCACGACUUCAGGAAAGCGCAGCAGCGGAUGCCCUCCAUCCCCGUUCAUAUCCACCACGUGAACUUCACAUGGCAAGUGACUGAUGAUCAGGACGAUUACUUCUACGAGUUCCAGAGUCUGCGUUCCUUUGACAAGGACAUCAUGGAAGACCCCAUCGUCAAUGUCCCGCUCUUAGGCUCUGUACCUCACAAAACUUCAGUGAUUCAGGUAGGCUUCCCAUGCCGAGGUGAGCAAGAUGGAGUUGCAGCAUUUGAGGUCACCAUUCUGAUAAUGGACAGGGGUGGAAACAUCGUUCUCAGGACCCCACACAAUGCCAUCUUCUUUAAGACCUGCCAAAAAGCGAAGUGUCCUGGUGGCUGUAGGAAUGGAGGAUACUGCAGCGAGAGGCAUGUCUGCGAGUGUCAGGACGGUUUCUAUGGCACACAUUGUGAAAAAGCCUUAUGUUCACCAAGAUGCCUGAAUGGAGGUAUAUGCGUGAGUCCAGGAGUGUGUAUUUGUCCUCCUGGCUACUAUGGAGGCAGCUGUGAGAAAGCAAACUGCAGUACUACAUGUUUGAAUGGCGGAACAUGUUUCCAUCCUGGGAAAUGUGUUUGCACUGCUGGAUUCGAGGGUGUCCGCUGUGAAAUAGGUAAAUGCCGCCAGCAAUGCAGAAAUGGAGGCAAAUGUAUAGGAAAGAACAAAUGCAAGUGCAGCAAAGGCUACCACGGAGAUCUGUGCUCAAAAGCUGUCUGCGAGCCCAGCUGUGGAGCACACGGGACCUGCGUGGAGCCCAACAGGUGUCAGUGCCAGGAGGGUUGGCACGGACGUCACUGUAAUAAGAGAUAUCGUGGGGGAAUGUCAUUCCUCCACAGCCAAACAAACCCCAGGCCCAAAUCCCACACCACAUCAGAGAAAGAAAUCAAGGAGCCCUCCGAUCCCAACCGCCCAUCAGAGAGCAACUAUGUAGUUUAAGGUUCUUGUUGUCGCUCAUGACCUGCUCUGCCCUAGACCCAGCCUCUUCAGGGACUCAUCCUCAUCAUUCUCCACGAGAACUUCCCAUCUUAGACUGCUGCUUCCACCAGAACCAGACUUUUUUCGUUUUGUACUCAGUGUUCCCUUUCAAAACCCUUUGAUAGAGUAUCUCCCAGGCCCGACAGACUCUCCUUCUGUGCUGCAGACACUGCGAGGGAGUGCCUCUGCUGGAAAUGUAGACAUGAAUCACAGGGAGUACAUUAUAGGCCAGAAGUUCUUUUGUGUGGGCAUGACUUGACUGAGGAUGGUAAUUACUGUGUUCAGCUCAUGUGCAUGGGUUGGCUAGUCUGUCUGUUUCUCUUUAUCACUCUCACUUCUAUAUAGAGACAAUGAACAGACUGUCAAACACCAUCUGUUAUGUUCCUUUUUCUCUGUAUUCUGUAGCAUACAUGCCAUAUGAAAAUGGAAAUAUAUUUAGUAGUAUAGUCAAUGAGUACUUAGUUUUAUAUAACAAGCAGAUAAGCUGUGUAUAGGCAUACAAAAGCAAUUAGUAAUGGACUGUUAUCAUCAAGUAGGUGAUAUACCGCUCAAAUAAAAUACAAUGUAUUCAUUUAUGUUCUGAAAUGUGCAUUAAUCUUCCAGUGUGUGGCAGCAAACAGAACCUAGCCCUGUCUAAGCUGCCGUUCAGAGCCUUGUUUUACUCAUGGGUUAAUACCGCCAGUCCUGGAGACUGGAGCUUGUCAUGUUACAGAGAAACUGGGAGUCGAAGAGUCUCACAUGGCGGAAAACUCACGGGCUGUUACAAAGCACUGGAUAUUGGAGACUCCUUCCAUAAAUGUUAAAUAAAAUCUCCUUAUAGAAUGCUUCAGCAUAUCAAGACUUUGAUUCGACUUUGUCUUUGGUAACUUGAACAACCAAUGUUCACCGAUUGUGAAUUAGCUGUUACUGUUAGCUGAAACAAUGUAUUAUAACCAGUGCAUUAAUAUGUUAUAUGAAUUACAUCCGGUACUGCUGUCAGAGCUGCUAUUAUAGAAAUUAAUCAACAAGCUUUGACCAGUCCAAUGUUAAAAUUUAAUAGCGCUGUGUAAAGAGAAAGGAAUGAACAGAACCCAUGAACCUUUUCUAUAACUACACAACGUAGAUCAAAGUAUACUGUAUAUAUUGAUACGGUGCAUUCAUUAAAAUGGAGGCAACAGCAUAGAGUUGAGUGCAAAAGUUUUCAUUUUAUUAUUUUUUUUACACAAUUCCAUGUACGUUUGUUUUGGUGUUUUCUCAUUGAAUACACGCUUCAAAUGGUCUAAAUGCUACAUCAGUUGAGACUGUCAAUCUCCGAGUCUACGUUCUUUAUUCACAAGCUCAAAUGUUUACAUCCCCACUGACAUG